ACGGACAUAGAUGUCAUGCACCAAAAUUUUAUAUAGAAAAAAUCACAUAAUUAUCAAUGUGUACCACCAACAUAAAAUUUUGAAGACCACAAAAGACGCGCCUUGAUUUCCUCUUCACCCUCUUCAUGUGUUCCUCCACAUGACUAAAAUCUGUAUGGCACUCCUCCCUCGCUACGUACCAUCCCUUCUCGUUCGAAAUGUGCCCUUCCACGUCUCCUUGCCUCGCCACCUGCGGACCUUCCGGCAUCGCUUUUGCACGACACAUACCUCGAAGGACGCGCAUCCUGGCCUCUCCCCGUGUGCAGCCUCCACCAAGAAGCCCAAUAUAAUCGGCCUGACUCGAUCCGAACUAGCUCAGCAGCUAGAGCAGCACUCCGCCUCCACCUAUCGAAUCUCACAGAUCUUUCAUUGGUUGUACGCGCGGGGCGUCCAGGAAUUCGACCAAAUGACCAAUUUGAAAAAAGAGUUUAUCAAAACUCUUCAAGACAACUACACACUAAACUUCGGGACGGUAGUCGGAGACGUGAUCGGCAAAGACGGAACAAGAAAGUGGCUUGUGGAAUUUGGCUCCGGCCAACAAGUAGAAACCGUCUUUAUUCCAGAGACUCAUCGUGGCACAAUCUGCCUGUCUUCCCAGAUCGGCUGUUCUAUGAAGUGCGCCUUUUGUCACACAGGCACUCAACCUCUUUUGCGGAACCUUUCUUCAGCUGAAAUUGUCGGACAACUUUUGCUUGCUAAGCGCCUCUUAUUCGAUUUUCCGCAACGCCCGCUCCGACUCGUCACGAAUAUCGUCUUCAUGGGCCAGGGAGAGCCCUUCUACAACUACUCCCAGCUCAAAAAAGCCAUUUCCAUCAUCACAGACCCCUCUGGUCUAUCCAUCUCAAAAAGGCGCAUCGUCGUCUCCACAUCGGGCGUUGUACCAAAUAUCCUACGACUCGGCCGAGACUUCCCCGGCAUAAGUCUGGCCAUCUCUCUGCACGCCGUGACGGACGAACUGCGCUCUCAACUAGUGCCCGUCAAUCGCCAGUGGCCCAUCAGUGAACUUCUAAAUGCCUGCAAAGCUUACACAAAACUGUCCAGCACAAGAAGAAUUACAUUCGAAUACGUGAUGCUUAAGAAUGUCAACGACUCCGCCCAAGAAGCACGCACUCUUUCUCGUCUGUUAAAAGACCAGGUCGCCCUCGUAAACCUAAUCCCAUUCAAUCCGUGGCCAGGGACGCAUUACGAGCCCUCUGAUCGAGCCGUCAUCCUCGAAUUCGCGCGAAUCGUCCAAGAAAACAACAUACCAGUGACAAUACGCUGGUCUCGCGGACAAGACAUCAGCGCCGCCUGUGGACAAUUAAAGACUGUCUCGAACUCACGGACAAUAGAUAACACAAAAAUAUGUGUAUGA